CCAACGCGUGCGAAUGCUCAAUUGCCCCCGCCCGCUUUGCCACUCAAUCAUCCAGCGCAGCACUACUCAACUUUUGCUCACUAGCCAAACGGACGCUGCGAUCCAACUACUGAACACAGCGAGUCGUAAAUCAGACAUGUCCGGGCGACGACCAAGAGGAACCGGCAUUCGGGGUCCUCACUCUGCACUCACAGAUUAUCUUGCGGCCAACAACAUCUCUGCUCGAGAAAUCCGCGACUCUCACCGUCAGCGAGUGCAGCAAGCCGAGACCGACACGCCCGAUCCAGACAAUGGGGAAGGACCAUCCAAUGGUGCAGGGCCAUCUGAUCUUGAAGAACAGCCAGAGGCUGAACCGGCGGAGUCAUCGACCGCAGCAGCAGAGCGGACGCGCAAACGCAAGCGCACUCAACAGGACGAAGCCAUUGCCCAGAUAAAGAAAGGCAAAGCUGCCAAGAAGAGCAAGAAAAAGAAGAAGGGCUCAGACGAUGAUUCCGACUUCGAUGAUGUGAUGGACAUGUACAAGAAGGCGAAGCCGCUGCCAGGUCAACUCUCUAACUGUGAACUAUGCAACAAGCGGUUCACGGUCACACCAUACAGUAAGGCUGGGCCUGAUGGUGGGCUUUUAUGCACACCCUGCGGUAAAGAGCUAGCGAAAGAAGCGAAAGCAACAGACAAGGCAAAAAAACCGACUGUCCGGAAAGGUAGGAGAAAAAUCGAAAGCAACCGUCUAGAUGGCAUAACAUUCCGUGGGUCGAAGACACUACAGCAACUCUGCAUCGAGACACUUGCAAAGCACUCUGAGGAUAUCGAAGAGCUUGGUGAAAUGCCAGAGACCAUUAUGGAUAGGCUGAGUGAGAUAUUCUCGAAGAAGCGGGCAAUGAAUUCGACUACGUUCAAGCUAUUCCUACAGUCUGAUCGCACAAAUGUUGCUAUUCACGAGGCAGCCUAUCUUGAGACGGAAGACUACGACCAGAUUUUUGCCUUCGUCCCGGACAUCAAGAAACUCAGCCUGCGCAACUGUUGCCAAUUUAAGGAUGCGAACAUUGAUUACAUGAUCGAAAAAGCACACAAACUCGUGGAUAUACAACUCCUAGGUGCUAAUCUUGUCGCCAACGAUAAGUGGAUUGACCUUUUCAUCAGCCGCGGCAAGGACUUGGAAGCUCUAAGGCUUGAAUGGUUAGACGCUGCCUUCGACGAUCAAGCUGUCCAAGCCCUCGUGGAAUUCUGUCCAAAUCUACAGCGUCUCAAACUUGAACGCUGUAAGCAGCUCGGUGUCGAGAGCAUCGAUGCUAUUGCACGCUUAGAGCAUCUCGAACAUCUGACUCUAUGCUAUCAUGAAGAUAUUCCCUGCAAAAGUCUGGCCAACAUGAUCCUUUCUGUUGGCGCCAAGCUCAAGACACUUUGUUUGGAGAAGUUUGUCAAUAGCGAGGAUGAGCCCACUGACGAUCUGCUAAUUGCCAUACGUGACACAUGCACGUCGCUCUCCAAACUGCGCUUCAGCAACAACAAUGAAUGUUCGGACGCGGGCUACGUGAAUCUCUUCACCGGCUGGACCAAUCCACCUCUUCGCUACAUUGACAUGAAUAGCACUCGUGAUGUAGACAACGUCAAUCCUGACGGCCCCGAAGACUUCCCCGUUGGCCUCGCAUCCGCCGGAUUUGAAGCACUCAUGGCCCAUUCUGGCUCGCGACUCGAAUUUCUAGACAUUUCCUCCUGUCGCCACAUCUCGCAGUCUACAUUCACGACUGUCUUCAACCCAGAGCAAAGUUAUCCCAAUCUCCGGGAAAUCAAUCUCUCUUUCUGUCCCGUUGUUGAUACGGAGAUUGUUGCUGGAAUCUUCCGUAGCUGCCCCAAGAUUCAGAAAGUUGUCACGUUCGGCUGUUUUGAAGUCAAGGAUGUCGUUGUUCCCCGGGACAUUGUCUUAAUUGGAGCGCCAAAGGCGCAGGAUGCUAUCGAGCAAUUUGGUCAGGUAUUCAUGGAUUUCCAAAAAGAGGCGCAGAAAGAGAGUAUGAGUCGCUUCGUUCCCACCGCUGCAUAA